GAAGGGGGUGAAAGUGUCCGGACUGGAAGGGGGGGGAAAGUGUCCGGACUGGAAGGGGGUGAAAGUGUCCGGACUGGAAGGGGGGGAAAGUGUCCGGACUGGAAGGGGGUGAAAGUGUCCGGACUGGAAGGGGGGGAAAGUGUCCGGACUGGAAGGGGGGGAAAGUGUCCGGACUGGAAGGGGGGAAAGUGUCCGGACUGGAAGGGGGUGAAAGUGUCCGGACUGGAAGGGGGUGAAAGUGUCCGGACUGGAAGGGGGGGAUGAAAGUGUCCGGACUGGAAGGGGGGGAAAGUGUCCGGACUGGAAGGGGGUGAAAGUGUCCGGACUGGAAGGGGGGUGAAAGUGUCCGGACUGGAAGGGGGUGAAAG